UAAAGCACUCGUUCGCUCUCAGGGAAAUACUAUAAUCAACUUAUGCUUUUUUCAAUCAAGUGAGUAACCAACUGGAUCUCUUCUAAAUCUCCACAUCUGUGUCAAGAGAGUCUUGCAAUUUUUUGAGCCUAAGCCAUGAGUUGGAUGUUCCUCAGAGACCUCCUGAGUGGAGUAAAUAAAUACUCAACCGGGAUUGGGCGGAUUUGGCUGGCUGUCGUGUUCAUCUUUCGUUUGCUGGUCUACAUGGUGGCAGCAGAGCACGUGUGGAAAGAUGAGCAGAAAGAGUUUGAGUGCAACAUUAGACAGCCUGGUUGUGAAAAUGUGUGUUUUGACUACUUCUUCCCUAUAUCCCAGGUCAGACUGUGGGCCUUACAGCUGAUCAUGGUCUCCACACCUUCGCUUCUGGUGGUUCUACAUGUGGCCUACCGUGAAGGUAGAGAGAACAGGCACAGAAAGAAACUCUAUGUCAGCCCAGGUACAAUGGACGGGGGCCUAUGGUACACCUAUCUUAUCAGCCUCAUUGUUAAAACCGGUUUUGAAAUUGGCUUCCUUGUUUUAUUUUAUAAGCUGUAUGAUGGCUUCAGUGUUCCCUACCUUAUGAAGUGUGAUUUGAAGCCUUGUCCCAACACUGUGGACUGCUUCAUCUCCAAACCCACUGAGAAAACGAUCUUCAUCCUCUUCUUGGUCAUUACCUCAGGCUUGUGCAUUGUGUUGAAUUUCAUUGAACUGAGUUUUUUGGUUCUCAAGUGCUUUAUUAAGUGCUAUCUCCAAAACUAUUCUAAAAAAUUCAAGUCUUCAGUUUGUGAGUGCCACAACCUCAGAUAUGUUGAGUGUGGCGAGAUAGGGGCCCCUCCCUUACUUCAGAAUCACCAUUCAGUCUUGGCCAUAAACACAUCUCAGCAACCUGAAGCAAAGCUACUUUGUGAGACAAAAGAAGGUUAAAGAAAGCCUGCAUCCCUGCUAAGCAAGACCUAAGCUGGGUGGGAAAACAAAGGGUAUCAGCCUUAAUAUCAUUUGGGAGGAAGUUUUGUAUAUUGUUAAUAUGCUUUCAGUCGUGAACACUAGAUAGAGGUGUCAUUGUUUUGUUGUAGGGUUUUCCAUUUUGUGGAUACUGAGUUAUUUUUGAAUAGUUAAUUGCAAAUUAGUCUGAAGAAAUUCAACUAACAGCAUUCUUUUAAGAGCUUCAGUCUGUCAGAAAAGAAGGAAACCCUAUGUCAGUUUUCUAGUUUUUGUAACUGUCUCAUUACAAUUCGUGCACAAUGAACUGGAAAAUAUAAAAAGUGACAGUUCUGACAAACGUGAUAGGCUCCAAGCUGAAAUGGAGGCACUGGCGAUCUUUCCACAGUGGCAGCCAAGGCCCCAUUCACUCAGUCCGACUCAGUCUUUGCAGAUAAAGACUGUGGUGUAGGGUAAGGUUGCGGCUACAGGGGGCGGGGGGG